AUGGCAGCUCAUCCACUCCAAGCCAUCGGCCAGGCCGUUGGCUCGAUGGGCAUUGAUCCCCGACCAGAGCAACUAUCGUCCUUGUUUCAAGGAGCAAAUGACGGUCCAGCAAAGACCGCCGCGAGGUUGACCGGCGUUCAAGGUCCCGGCAAGAGACAAGAUGAUGCUUCGUACUUUACGAGCAAUGAGGGCAUCCCGCUCCUCCUGCGCACAGCAAGACGGUGGGAGGCCGACUUUCUGAAGGAUGUCGAACUCAAGACUCCUGUUUUAGUUCGCUUUUCCACUGUUACGUUGGGUUGCGAAUUUCCCGAUCUUGCCAGGAACCCUCGUGGGUUUGCCAUCAAAUUCUAUACCGGCGAGAGCAACUAUGACAUUGUCGGCCUCAAAUUUCCGGUCUUCUUCUGUCGUGACCCGAUUCAGGGUCCUGAUGUGAUCCAUUUCCGCAUCGAAACCCUCAGAACUUCCUACUCGACAACAACUCGUUAUUCGAUCUGCUCGUCACCACUCCUGAGGGGGAAUCACACGGGAAUGAUGUUCUUUAGCGACCAUGGCAUGCCCCAGGGCUGGACUCACAAUCACGGAUAUGGAUGUCAUACUUUCAAAUGGGUGAACAAGGACGGCAAAUUCGUCUACAUCAAAUAUCACUUCUUGGCUGAGCACGGCCAGAAGCAAUUCACUGUCGACGAAGCUACGCGACUGAGUGGUAAGAAUCCAGAUUACUUCAAACGUGAUAUCUGGCGUGCAAUCGAGAAUGGUGAAGAGAUCACCUGA